GACACCUCAACGACCGAGAUGCUGUGGAGCCACUGGUCGCGACUCCCCUGCACAGUUGCGGCAGCUGCUUCUGGUGCUUCACUCCCCUGGUUGAACUUCCAUGACAAAGUGCAUUUUCACAGGAUUGACUUGAACUGUGACCCAAAGCAUACGGAAUAUACUUGGUCCAGCUCAUUCUGUGAUCUUUGGCGUUGAGGCUGCUCACACAACAUGGACAACUCGGACAACAAUCUUAGGGAGCGCUCAGCAACCAGUACUAGCCUUGACACCGUCGAUCUAGACUCAACGAAGUCUUCCCACCACAUUCCAAAGAUCCUUCCGCAUGAACGCGUCUUCCCAAUCCAGAUCGGCUCAGAGUUAUUCAAGCUGUCUGGCGCAUCGAUAUCAUCUGAUGCACCCUCAUACUUCUCCCAAUACUUCAGGUGUCAGAUCAAACGGGCGGAGGAAGCCGGCCAGGACCUCGGCUCGGCCAUCCGCACCCUUUAUAUUGACCGUGACCCAGUCACCUUUAGAGACAUCUCGCUGCAUCUCCAGGGGUACCAUGUCCAACCGCGCGACUCAACGCACUUUGUGCGCCUAUUUGCUGAUGCCCAGUUUUACCACCUCCCCAAGUUGAUCUCCCAACUCUACGAAGACUCCAUCUUCACCACCGUCGGGGGCCGCCAGUUCUACGUGCCACGCAACCUGUUCACCGACCCGGGUAAUUCGCCGAACUUCUUCACCCUCGGCUUCGCCAUCCUCUUCUCCAACCCAGACGAUCUCUUCCCGGGGCUCGACCGUGAAGGGCUCCUCCGCCCCCCGUCCAUCCAGCCCCCCUCUAUUCCGGGCCGCAGUGCCGAGAUCUUUGCCGAGCUGCUGCAUCUGCUGAAAGGCUAUCCAGUCAAUAUCCGGAGUGAGGCACACCGUGCCGAGCUCCUCCGUGACUGUCGCUAUUUCAACUUCAAGGGCCUCGAGCAGAAGCUCAUCCCCCACGCAAUAUCGUUCAACCUCGCUCGGGGCAAGGACGAGAUCGUGUUGAGGCUGAAGGAUGUCCUUAAGAGCGGCAUCAGUGUGGCCAGCGAGCCUACGUCUGCGGAUCCCUUCGCCAGCUGGGUGCGUUACGCGAGGCCAUAUGUGGAUGAGAGGUCGUAUGAGCUUGUGUUGGAGAUUGGAGAAGAGACCACACGACUGCGUUUUCCGUCUAGCCCUGACGUGGCUGCAAAUGCGCGGACGGUGAACGCCAGAGCAGAGUUCCUCGGGGAGACGCGCUCGCGCAUGGCCAAGCUGUUGGAAAUCGUUGCGACCAGGCUCAACCUGCCGCCUACGACACAGCCGAUCUCGGGGUUUGCCCUGACGCACGGCGAGGUGACCAAUGCCCCGCCUACCAUUGGGAAUACGCCCGUCAGCGAAGAUUGGGUCAAGGUGGUCCUGGAUCCGGAUGCGAGUGUCGUACUAGACGGGAAGCUCUGGAACCCGGCGUCCGAGGAAGCCGAUUUGCCAUUUGGGGCCACUGCCUCCAUGGAAGGCAUGGAGCUGGCGCCGAGGAAGAGAAAGAGGGUGGAUGAACAGGGCGGUGAGCCGGAAGAGUGGGUUGUCAGGACCGGGCAGUGGCGUGUGAGGAUUCAGGGGGCGAAGAACGGCAAAGCGGCGGUGGAGUGUUGUAUGGUGGCUGUCAAACUGGAUGCCUUCACUUCGGAGCGGGCGAGAAAUGCACAGAGGCCGUUCCUGGGGUAG